AUGGGCAGCGAUUUGAGCGGAGACGCUCGGCUGUGGUCCCCGUCGCAGCAUCUCCAGCGCGGGCGCAUGCCGGAAGCCGCCUUUCCCAGUUACCGCCCGGGCGACAGCGGGAUUCUCCGCGGCGGGAGGCGGCCCGGCGGGCCCAUGUCCGGGCAGUUCCCCGGCCCGGGCAUGGGAAAGUCGGGCAUGAUUGGCCAGUCGGGGCUGAUCGGGCAGUCGGGAAUGUUUCCCCCGCCGUCGGCGAUCCCCCAGUCGGGGUCGUGGGGGGGGACUGCCCCGAACACGCCGAGCAUACCAAAAUCGAAUAUAGUGCAGAAAUCGAUGAUCAUGUGCAUGGAUCCGACGUGUAACAAAUGCCCCCCCGAGAUGCACGCGCUGCGGAACCGGAAGCUCAUGGCGGCGGCUAUUGACGAGUUCCCGCAGCCGCUGGCGUCGAAAGACGGGCGCGGCGGGGGGAGGCGGGGGAGCGACGGGGCCGGGGACGGGGGAGGCGACGGCGGAGGACGUGGCGGAGGAGGAUUGGACGAUUUUGAGUACGAUUUCGACGAGUUUGAUUUUGAGGAUGACGAGGAGUAUGACGAGGAGACGGGCGGGAAGAGAACCAUCAUUCGCUGCUGCGGCCUGCCAUGCUUUGUCUUCACCAGCCGGGGCAAGCGCCGGUCGCCCAUGCUGGGCUUUUUCCGGUUCGUGGAAGGUUUGGUGCAACCCGUGGGCAUUCUCAACCCGCACUCCAGGUUCGUGGCGCAGUGGAACAAGUGGUUCAUGGUGACGUGCAUCUUUGGCUUCUGUAUCGACCCAUGGUUCCUCUUCACGCUGCUCACCAUGUUCUCGCCCUCCAAGGUCACCCUGUGUCUAGACAUCAACUACCCUGCAGCCAUCACCCUCACUGUGAUGCGGUCAAUCGUGGAUCUCAUGUAUCUUAUAAACAUAUUCAUACAGUUCCGCAUGGCUUACUUCGUCCCGGCGCCCAGCAACCGCUCCUACAGGUGGAGCUGCCUGCGCUGGUGGUACGCUGAGACCUCUCAGCUGGAACCAGGGGACAUGGAGACAGACACGCGGGUGAUUGCCAUGCGAUACCUCAAGUCCUGGUUCCUCGUGGACCUCGUCUCGACCUUCCCCAUCCCUCAGCUGGAACCGGGGGACAUGGAGACGGACACGAGGGUGAUUGCCAUUCGAUACCUCAAGUCCUGGUUCCUCGUGGACCUCGUCUCCACCUUCCCCAUCCCCCAGCUGGAACCAGGGGACAUGGAGACAGACACAAGAGUGAUUGCCGUGCGAUACCUCAAGUCCUGGUUCCUCGUGGACCUCGUCUCCACCUUCCCCAUCCCCCAGGUCGAAACCGUUAAACGCCUUUUCAGUGACGUAAUGGUAUUUUCAUGUUUAACGCCUUCUUCCCUCGCCUUCCUCACUUCCUCUUCCCCUCCCUCUUCCCCUCCCUCUUCCCCUCCCUCUUCCCCUCCCUCUUCCCCUCCCUCUUCCCCUCCCUCUUCCCCUCCCUCUUCCCCUCCCUCUUCCCCUCCCUCUUCCCCUCCCUCUUCCCCUCCCUCUUCCCCUCCCUCUUCCCCUCCCUCUUCCCCUCCCUCUUCCCCUCCCUCUUCCCCUCCCUCUUCCCCUCCCUCUUCCCCUCCCUCUUCCCCUCCCUCUUCCCCUCCCUCUUCCCCUCCCUCUUCCCCUCCCUCUUCCCCUCCCUCUUCCCCUCCCUCUUCCCCUCCCUCUUCCCCUCCCUCUUCCCCUCCUCUUCCCCUCCCUCUUCCCUCCCUCUUCCCCUCCCUCUUCCCCUCCCUCUUCCCCUCCCUCUUCCCCUCCCUCUUCCCCUCCCUCUUCCCCUCCCUCUUCCCCUCCCUCUUCCCCUCCCUCUUCCCCUCCCUCUUCCCCUCCCUCUUCCCCUCCCUCUUCCCCUCCCUCUUCCCCUCCCUCUUCCCCUCCCUCUUCCCCUCCCUCUUCCCCUCCCUCUUCCCCUCCCUCUUCCCCUCCCUCUUCCCCUCCCUCUUCCCCUCCCUCUUCCCCUCCCUCUUCCCCUCCCUCUUCCCCUCCCUCUUCCCCUCCCUCUUCCCCUCCCUCUUCCCCUCCCUCUUCCCCUCCCUCUUCCCCUCCCUCUUCCCCUCCCUCUUCCCCUCCCUCUUCCCCUCCCUCUUCCCCUCCCUCUUCCCCUCCCUCUUCCCCUCCCUCUUCCCCUCCCUCUUCCCCUCCCUCUUCCCCUCCCUCUUCCCCUCCCUCUUCCCCUCCCUCUUCCCCUCCCUCUUCCCCUCCCUCUUCCCCUCCCUCUUCCCCUCCCUCUUCCCCUCCCUCUUCCCCUCCCUCUUCCCCUCCCUCUUCCCCUCCCUCUUCCCCUCCCUCUUCCCCUCCCUCUUCCCCUCCCUCUUCCCCUCCCUCUUCCCCUCCCUCUUCCCCUCCCUCUUCCCCUCCCUCUUCCCCUCCCUCUUCCCCUCCCUCUUCCCCUCCCUCUUCCCCUCCCUCUUCCCCUCCCUCUUCCCCUCCCUCUUCCCCUCCCUCUUCCCCUCCCUCUUCCCCUCCCUCUUCCCCUCCCUCUUCCCCUCCCUCUUCCCCUCCCUCUUCCCCUCCCUCUUCCCCUCCCUCUUCCCCUCCCUCUUCCCCUCCCUCUUCCCCUCCCUCUUCCCCUCCCUCUUCCCCUCCCUCUUCCCCUCCCUCUUCCCCUCCCUCUUCCCCUCCCUCUUCCCCUCCCUCUUCCCCUCCCUCUUCCCCUCCCUCUUCCCCUCCCUCUUCCCCUCCCUCUUCCCCUCCCUCUUCCCCUCCCUCUUCCCCUCCCUCUUCCCCUCCCUCUUCCCCUCCCUCUUCCCCUCCCUCUUCCCCUCCCUCUUCCCCUCCCUCUUCCCCUCCCUCUUCCCCUCCCUCUUCCCCUCCCUCUUCCCCUCCCUCUUCCCCUCCCUCUUCCCCUCCCUCUUCCCCUCCCUCUUCCCCUCCCUCUUCCCCUCCCUCUUCCCCUCCCUCUUCCCCUCCCUCUUCCCCUCCCUCUUCCCCUCCCUCUUCCCCUCCCUCUUCCCCUCCCUCUUCCCCUCCCUCUUCCCCUCCCUCUUCCCCUCCCUCUUCCCCUCCCUCUUCCCCUCCCUCUUCCCCUCCCUCUUCCCCUCCCUCUUCCCCUCCCUCUUCCCCUCCCUCUUCCCCUCCCUCUUCCCCUCCCUCUUCCCCUCCCUCUUCCCCUCCCUCUUCCCCUCCCUCUUCCCCUCCCUCUUCCCCUCCCUCUUCCCCUCCCUCUUCCCCUCCCUCUUCCCCUCCCUCUUCCCCUCCCUCUUCCCCUCCCUCUUCCCCUCCCUCUUCCCCUCUUCCCUCCUCUUCCCCUCCCUCUUCCCCUCCCUCUUCCCCUCCCUCUUCCCCUCCCUCUUCCCCACCACAUGA